GUCACGGAGAGCUCCUCCGAGUCUGGCCACGGCGGCGACGGCUAUCCUGGCCGUCCUGGCCGCGGCGCUCGUCACCACGGGAGCUCGCGCGCAAAUGUGCGGCGCGCAGGCCAACGGCGCCAAGUGCGCGAACUGCCUCUGCUUCAGCCGCUUCGGGUUCUGCGGCAGCACGGCCGACCACUGCGGCGCCGGCUGCCAGAGCCAGUGCAGCGGCUGCGGCAACACUCCUACCGGCGCCAAGGCCGUGGCGUCCAUCGUGUCCAGGGAGCUCUUCGAGCGGCUCCUCCUGCACCGCAACGACGCGUCGUGCCUGGCCCGCGGGUUCUACACGUACGACGCGUUCCUCGCGGCUGCCGCGGCGUUCCCUGCCUUCGCCGGCACGACGCUGAGCACCAACACGCGGAAGCGAGAGGUGGCCGCGUUCCUGGGCCAGACAUCCCACGAGACCAUCGGCGGGUGGCCGACGGCGCCCGACGGCCCUUACUCGUGGGGCUACUGCCUCAAGCGGGAUAGGGACCCGCCGUCCGACUACUGCGAGCCCAGGGAGGAGUGGCCGUGCGCGCCCGACAAGCAGUACUAUGGCCGCGGUCCCAUCCAGCUCUCCUACAACUACAACUACGGGCCGGCGGGCCGCGCGAUCGGCGUGGACCUGCUGAACCAGCCGGAGCUGGUGGAGACAGACCCGGUGGUCUCAUUCAAGACGGCCCUAUGGUUCUGGAUGACCCCGCGGGGUAACAAGCCGUCGUCCCACUCCGUGAUCACGGGGCAGUGGAGGCGGACGCUCGCAGACUUGGCCGCCGGCCGGUUUCCCGGAUACGGCAUGAUCACCAACAUCAUCAACGGCGGGCUCGUGUGGGCAAUGUGUAAACGCCCACACGUGUGGGUGUUAAUAUUUCCGUUCCAUUUUUCAUGAAGGCGGAAAAAAUAUCCUAGGUCCACAUUUCCAGGACUUAUCAUGUUGGACUCAACCAUCUCCAACCGUAUAAAUCAUCAUUAUCUUCCUCACCAACAAAAGGCAUUGUGGGGAGCAUCUUCAUCUGCGGCGUCUUCACAAACAACACCGUCUACAUCUUUAAUGUCAGCCCCAUGUGUUGGUUUUUUCAGGGUAACCUCGUGUGUUAGUUUAUGUAUGUUAGUUGAUGCUUUAUGUUUUAUUGGUAUGAGAUCCAAACUUUCAGAAUGCUAUUCAUAUUCAUAUGCUUCCAGACAUGCUUACGCUGUGACUUGCAAGUAGUUCAUUACAUUCUUAAGAACAUAUGAAACAUAUGCUAUAAA